AAUGUUCCGAAAGGCCUAGCUAGAGAGAACGUGAGUUGAUAACUGUAUCGAUUUUGCGAGACAACAUAGCGAAAGAGUACUGACUACAACGUGGACAAAAAUGUGUAGGGCCUUCAUUGUGCGCCGCAUUAUAUUGAUUGUCAUUUAGUUCAGGUAAAAGCAGAGGUGUGAGUCAGCCUCUUGUACCAUCUUGACACAGGUGGACACUUGGUUAAAAUAUUUAUAAGGAUUCGUGGUCUACAGAUAUGUCUUCUAAAUCACCCAGCAUUCUGUCAGAGCAAAGUGUUGAGGAGGGACAAAGCAUGACACCUAUGGACGUAGCUUCACCACAAGGUGCCGGGACGGGGAUUUUAGAUGAAGACAGGCCAUUAAAUAUGACCAACAAGUCGUUUGAAGCAGACCUAAAAUCAGAAGACAAGGGACAGACUGAGAGAAAAAGGCGUGCUAGUAAUGAAAGUGAAGAUAGCGUGGUAACUAAAGCUAGUGAAGGAGGAGUAGGUGAUGAUAUUCUGGGUAGCAAGGAUGAAGAAGAUGACGAUGAUAAUGAAGAAGAUGAAAAUGAAAAAUUGUCGAAAAAUCAUGACCCCGAGCGAUUAAAAGCUUUUAAUAUGUUUUGCCGUUUAUUUGUGGAUGAAAAUUUGGACCGAACAGUUCCUAUUUCAAAACAACCUAAAGACAAAGUUCAGGCUAUUUUAGAGGCCUGUGAUAGACAAUUUCCAGAAUUCCACGUUCGAUCACGGAAACGAAUUAGAACAUAUCUUAAAUCGUGUCGAAGAAUGAGAAGAACUAAAGAACAGAAUGGAUGGGAACCGCUGCGACCAACACCACCUCAUCUGACGUCUGCUGCAGCAGAGAGUCUUUUGGCACAGGCGUGUGAAAAUGAAAGCACAAAUGCAAAACGUAUGAGAAUGGGAAUGGAACCAUUACCGGCUAGAUCUAUGACCAUAGCACCUGUUACUCCAACGAUAACUGCGCCUCAUCCCCAGACUACCCAGUCGCCUAAAGCUAACAGUCAACCACAUGCAGAUCGCAAUGCUCCCACAAAUAACGACUUUGUUCGCCACCAGACUCAAGCCCCUGCCUUCAGACCCGCUCCGGAUUUCCCUUCCCCCUUUUUCGCCAAUGGCAACGGAUUAUUUCGGCCUGGUUUUCCUGGUUAUCAGCAUCCGGCUCAUCACCACCCAACAGUUUUACAGCAUCCGGUUAUUCAGAACAAUAACGUUCAAAAUGGUGAAUUCGGCCCUACAGAUCUUAGUAUGAAAAAACAGAAUAACAAAAGUCAACUGAGUGGAACAGAGCUUUCCACCAUCAAACAGUUGAUAGCAGGAUAUCGAGAAUCAGCCGCUUUCUUAUACAGAUCAGCAGAUGAACUUGAACAAUUACUUCUUCAUCAGAAUUAAGAAUAUUUAUAUAUUUGUAAUAGAAGCCAACUGGUGUGCAUAAAUUUUACAUUACACAAUUGAUAUCGACGACAAGAUUUUAUUAGGCUAGCAAUCGGGGUAAUAAUGAUAUCAUCUUUUGUCCUUUAUUUAUACACAGAUCAGCAGAUGAACUUGGACAAUUACUUCUUCAUCAGAAUUAAGAAUAUUUUUAAACAUGUAAUAGAAGCCAACUGGUGUGCAUAAAUUUUACAUUACACAAUUGAUAUCGACAACAAGUUUUUAUUAGACUAGCAAUCGGGGUAAUAAUGAUAUCAUCCUUUGUCCUUUAUUUAUAUACAGAUCAGCAGAUGAACUUGAACAAUUACUUCUUCAUCAGAAUUAAGAAUAUUUAUAAACAUGUAAUAGAAGCCAACUGGUGUGCAUAAAUUUUACAUUACACGACUGAUAUCGACGACAAUUUUUAUUAGGCUAGCAAUCAGGGUAAUAAUGAUAUCAUCUUUUGUCCUUUAUUUAUAGGGGGUGGAUGGCCAAAUGGUUAGCACGCGCGUGCUGUAUCAUACAGUCUGUCAUUGAGAAUGACGACAUUUCAGCACCACCUUUGUUUUAUCCUAAACCAAAAGUUUAUACUUUCGUAUCUUUUUAUCUGACAGACAUUAAAUGCCACCGACCUUACAAUAUGGUCGAAAAUAUUGUCAUACGCAAAUUGAGACAAUGCCUCAAUAUGCCCAGAAAAGUGUUCAACUUGUUAAUUAAAGGUCUGUGUCAGACCUUUCAAUAAACAGAAACUAUAUUAACGUUAAAUAUACGUGCGAAAAAAAACUUGACACUAAUUGUUUAUGCCCAGAACGAAAUGUAAUAUUUUAUUGUUGUCCACGGGUUAGCGAGAGAUUGAGGUAUUCUCCCAGAACUUUUCUAAACAAAAUUCGAAUGAAUAUCAAUUUGCCUUUUACUGAUGGUUGUAAUAUAUAUUUUUCUAGUCAAUGUUUUACUGAUAUUUCAAAUAUUUAAUCUAUUUUUCCACAUGAUAUUAUGAGGAAAGAAACACAGAAUUAUGCGAUAUAUAUAAGAUAUAUGUAAGUGUGUGUAUAUUGUUUACUCGUAUAUGUUUAUUCCAUUAUAUAUAUAUUAAAAAACUAAAAUACUGAGGAAAGAAACUGUGUUUCUUUAUUCAACAUUUUAUUUUUCAUAUAUACAAGCUAAGAGCGACCAUCAAUUAUAAUUUUAUAUAUAUGGUGGUCGGUGUGCGUGGGCUGUAAGUGUGUAUAUAUUGUUUUAUCGUAUAUGUUUAUUCUAGUUAGUUACUUAGAUAAGAGUCCAUUUAAGAUUCUUAAUAUUUAUCGUCUUGUAAAAUACCUGUAUUUUCGGUGCAUUUAUUGAGCAUUGGUACAUAUUUGUAUGACUUACUUCUUUUAAAUUCCUGUAUAGAUCAGGUCUGUCAGGUCUGUAGGUUUGACACAUGUGGGUGUGGAAUUAACUGGUUAAUGUCUAUUUAUAUACGUUUCUAAAAAUGUAUGAAUGAGUAUUAAUCUCAGAUUUAAAUAGUUUUAUUCGGGACUGAGCAUAGCCACCACCACCACCGUCCCGGGCUUGAAAAUCUUAAUUCAAAUUGCAGGGUUACAGUUGGGGUUAUUGAUUUGGAUGCCAUUUUGCAUUACUCAUUAUUUGUUUAAACCCGUAUGAUUAACCCAACAAUAUAAUUUAUAUAAAAGAAAACCUAGUAAGGGAACUCAGGGAACCUGUCCAAUCGUUUGUCCAUCAGUAUGUCGUUCACAUUAUUUGUAGUUUACUAGAGGCCACAAUAAUAGAUGUAUGUUAAUUUUCAGUGUUUUUCGAUAUUCACCGAGGUAUGCUCCUUGUUCCGAAAUGUAUAUAUAAAUUUUUAGUGUUUUUUCGAUAUUUAUCGAGGUAUUCUCCUUAUUCCGAAAUCAUGUAGAGUUUAGAGCAUUGAAGGUAAAAACCUUGAUGAUUUUCAGCAAAAUUUCCGAUGAACGCCCCAGAAUUAUGCCCAUUUUGUACCAAACCUAGUUAACUGAUCUUUCUGAAAAUUGUACGAUUUGUCCAUUUGAUUAAAGGGAAAAAAAUCAUAUUCAUCGAUUUUGAUGGCUGAGUUAAGACUGUUUUGUUAGGAAAUCUAUCAACCAAUAUUUCUUAAAUUUGUAUUGCAUCCCUAUCCUGACGGAAGGAAGAAGUGUAGUGCUUUUCGGCGACUUUUGAUGACCACUUAGUUACAAACUAUGAUAGCCACAAUUAUCAACUAGACGUUUUGAAAUUGUUAAGGGUUGCCCUAACUUAUUAUUAUAAAUUCUUCUACUGAACUUCAACAAUUUUUCGAUCACCACGUGUUAGCACAGUAGCGGUUGCGAUUAUCAACUAAUAUUUUCUUAACUUAUUGCAAAUAAAACUCAUGUUGAUUUUCAACGAUAUUUUAAUAAUAUCCAGUGUUGAGCCCUUUUGCUACAAAAUCAUCUUACCACUCUAGAGAUCUGAGUUAUCAACCGAUCUGUUCGGUUUGUCUAGCUCAUUGAAUGGACACGACUGGACCGAGCCUCAAUGAUAUUCGGUAACCAAUUCCAGGUUUAUCCCACUUUUGAAAAUAUAUUCUUUGCUAUAUAAUUGUGUAAAUCAUCACUGAAAAAGUUUUUGCAGAGCUUAGAAGACAAAGCUAUUAGUGGGUCAUUGUUCGUUAUCAGGCAACCUAUUUGUUUAGUAUAAAUUAUUAUAAACGUCAAAUAUACUUUGUAAUUAGAACAUGCUUUAACAUGUUAAUGUUAGGUUUGAAUUGUUAUAAGUGCCAGAAAAAAAAGAUUUAGUUCUCACUAUUGAUUAAUAUACAUAAUACAGGUAACUGUGCAUUCCCUACUCUGAAUAUUGUAUAAUUAUGUUUUAAUGUAUUUCGCUUUUUAUGCAAUCUAAUUAAACAUAUAUACCACCCUAUUUCGUAAAUUGAUAGAAAGUACUAAAAUUAAAGCUAAGUAUCGGUCCGUAUAAAGCAGUUGCAUUUUGAGUAGUGAAAUGAAAACUUGUUAUUUGUAAAGGACCUAUAUGUGGGUGUCUUAGUUUCUCAACAAUAAUUAUCAACAAUACAUAACAUUUAGUCACAGAAUUUCCAGACUACAGAAAUUGAAAUUUAUCAAUUCAAAAUCAAGUUUCGUCCGAAUUUUAAUGGAAUAAGGUGCAGGGGUCCCGAAAUUGUUAUUAGAUAAUUGUUAUAUAAUAAAUGUUUAAUCGACCUCCUGUAAAACAGGGCUAUACUAUAUACCGGAAAACACCGGAAAACAACCGGAAAACUACCGGAAAACACCAUGUUAUACUAAAUACCGGAAAACACCGCAAAAACACAAAAUACCGGAAAACACACUAAAUACCGGAAACCACCCUAAAUAGGUAACCCGGAGAAGGUCUAUACUAUAAAGCAGAAACUAACCAGGCUUCCGGUUACCUAUUUAGGGUGCUAGUCUCCGGGUUACCUAUUUAGGGUAUUUUCCGGUAUUUAGUGUGUUUUCCGAUAUUUAAUGUUUUUCCAGUGUUUUCCGGUAUUCAGUAUAAAAUGGUGUUUUCCGGUGUUUUCCGGUUGUUUUCCGGUAUAUAGUAUUGCCGUGUAAAACAUGUGAAGCGUUUUUGGGUUGUUUUUUUUUUGCUAUCGUUUACUUGUUACUAUUUGUUUGUUUAUUUAGUUUAACAUCAAUCCUUUAUGUACACCUCAUUGUCCUGCCUAAGUGCAAUUUUAAUAUUUUACUUGAUAUCAGACACCAAGUUUGUGCAAUAUUUAUUUUUGUUGUCAUUUCCAUCCUUAUAUCCUAUUGUAAUUUCAUAAAACAUAAAUUCAUUUUAAUCAUAUCGUGAGCACUUUUCUUUCUU